AUGUACUUCCUCGGAAAUACGACGGACGGCAUCGUCUCUGAUAGCAAAGCCGGCGAGCCAACGCCGUUUUAUCUCAGCAUUCUUAACUCCGCAAACGAAACAGUCGGCCCCAACGCCUUGGACAGGCGUCAAAAUUCUGAGCAGCCCCUCGGGGAUAUCUCAGUCUCUCUGCCAGCCCCGGACCUCGAAGCAGACGGCACUGGAGCCCCCGCCCAACUCUUCCCUCAUGCUCUUCAGCAGCCUGUCCGUCUUUACGACCGCGGCCUGCCGACGGAGCACUACGGUUUCUACACCUACUUCAAGCGCACCAUUUACCUCAAGUCCGUCACCACCCUCAACGGCACCGAUGGCGAGAGCAAUGUGCCCCUCGACAAGGACGGCGGCUCCCGCCGCAGCGAGGCCAAAUUUCUUGUGACGUGGUCCCAGACACGCUUUCUCGUACAGAUUUGGACUCGCUCCGAAGACAACACACAGCUCCUGACGUCCAACGACGGCGAGAAACAGGGUUCGAUGCCCUACCCCGUCACUGUCAAAACAGACACCCACGGCGGCCAGUCGGGCGACAAGUUUGUGUGGCACUGGCCUGUCACUGACCGCCAGGGAAUCGACACGGCGAACCCAAAACUGCUGCCCAAUGAUAUUGGCUUUGGUGGCACGUUGGUGAACCCGCGCAAGGAUAAGGAUGCAUCGUUUGGGGGGUUUGAUGGCGGUACUGGUGGAUGCCGGUGCGAGUGGGCGAACUUUAUCGCCAGGAGGGAUAGUGGAAACUGA